CAGAAUUUAAAAGAUCCUUGAGAGUUAUUGCAUUUAUUCAAAUAUAUUUUAUGGAUUCAAGUAACAGUCAGGUUGCCAUAAGGCAGGAAAAUAGAAUAUCUACUACGGGGUACCAUGCUUCACCAAAAAGGCAGAAACUGAGUACGGAGGACAACAAUGAAUUGCAAUCCAACAUGAUGAAACUACCCACGGAAAUGAUUGUAAAACUCUGUGGAUAUUUUACUAAUCAGGAUUUAAGUAACACAAUGCGACUCGUAAAUCAUCGGCUCGGUGACAUUUGUACUGAUCUUCUAAACACCCGUUUUAAAUCUAUCGGAAAAUCUUUGAAUUCUAUAAUUCGAAAGUUAACCACUGCAUUGAAAAAGAUGGAUACCAACCAGGGCAGAUCAAUAAGAAAUGGUUGCAAAUUAUUAAAUAUAGCUGAAUUUCUUUCUCAAAUUCACUCAAUGACGAUGAAUUCAGUAAGACGAUAUAUUUACAACGAAUUAUAUGAUACUUCAAGUGGCUGUAUGUAUGCAGGAUUGCUGCUGGACAAAUAUAAAAUUAUUAUUGACAAUUUAUCGAAGGUUCCUAGCAAACUUCAUCCCUACAUACAUUUUACUGACUAUGUAUGUAAUAUCAUAUUCUCGUCAAAACAAAUUUAUUAUGUUAAUUUUCAGGUUGAACCCGCACAGGUGGUCGAAAUUCUGCGUUUGACCAAAAUGUUCCUAAGUCAUUUUGAGAAAUACAAUGAAGGAUCUAUGCCUAAUAUUUUCAGUGGAUGUAAAAUUAUAGAUAUAUUAGACAGUGCCAAGUUUUGCAAAAGGGUCAUAGCUUAUGAGAAAAGCACCAAAGACACAUUUGUUGCCAAAUAUUGUUAUUAUUUCGAGAACUCUUGGUUUAUUGGGUUGCCGAUGGUAGGACGGAAGAAUGCUAGCUUCGCCUUUAAAAAACAGAAAUGGUAUUUGCGAUUAAGAAGACUUGUAUGGUCCCAUUGUCAAAUUCUUCAAGAAUAUAUGCAACACGAAAGAGAAUUGUCAUUAAUACCUGAUGGUCCAUUUACACCUCCGGAACCACAAAACAUGGGAUUCACUGGAUUUGGGCGAGUUGGAGAGACAUACUUUUAUUAUGGAAUAGUAAAUAGAAGAAGAUAUGCUUUGAACUACUUAAUUCAAGAAGAUAGCGACGACAGUGACGAUGAUGAUGCUAGUGAUGAUGACUAUGAAAAUGAUUAUGACUUUGGAAAUGAUAUUGAUGAUGAUAACGUGGAAGACAAUAACAAUGAUGACAAUGUGGAUCAGGAUAAUGUCGAUGAUAGUGAUACUGAUAGCGCAGAAGACUCUAAUGAAGAAGAACCAAAUGUAGUGGAUGUAGAAGAUAUAGAGAACCUAGUGAAUGAACAAACUAUCAACAACCGUUCCGAACUAGUUUCUUUAGGAGUAAUGAUAGAAGUUUCAGUUAAAUGUCCACCAUUAUAUUCCCCCUAUAAAUAUAUAAAACAAUUAAAUCCAGAAUAUAUACGUGAACUUCAGGAAAGAGACACAAGAAGACAAGUCGAAGUAAAGGUGAAUGUGAACUAUCCAGGAGCCUUCAAAUAUCAGUUACCCAUGCAGCAUAGCUUUAAGUUCAACUCGAACGAUCCACAUUUUUAAAAAUAGAAUACUAUUACCUCAAAUCUUAUAAAAUCACAGAUUUUCAGAUACAACAUCUCAUUCUGUUAUUGUAUAUAAUAAAGUGCAAUUUCAUCGACUGCACCUGUUGACGUGGACUGCAUUUUAGAAUAACAGAUGCAAAACCCAUCCAUAAACAUGAUAAACUUGAUUCACGUAACGUACAUUUCGCGUCUGUAAGAUCGAGUUCAUCCCGCGAAGCGUCGAGCUGAAAAAUGUAGGUCUGCGGAAUCAAGUUUCAUCAAGACGUCGCCCGGCUUAUAUUUAAAAGUAAAUGCGACGACUUCUGUGACACGAAUCCCCCCACGAACCGCACAAAUCCCGCGGAGGCAACCGGAAAUAAAUGACGUCGCGCGUCCCAUGUCUGCACUGAAUUAGAAUUGGUGCAGCGACGAUGAGGGCUCCAAAAAUACUGGAAAACACGGAUUUAUAAGAUUUAGGUGUAAUAAUGUGCUAUUGUGUGAUCGAUAUUAUUGAACUUGUUUUCGUUAUACUAAUAAGAUAAUUAGGAGGUUUACUUUAAUAUUGUGCGUAGAAUUUAGUUACUACUUCUUAGUAUAUGUUGUUAGUUAAA